UGUGCUCUUUUGCCCUUGAAGAAUUUGGCCACUCCAAGUGAAGCCUCUUCAUUACAGGAAGGUCAGCAGAACAGGAGACUGAAAGUCACUUUGCUGAGUGGUGAGUGGAGAUCAUCAACUGAUAGAGAAGUUUCAACUAUUAGCAGAGAGCUUGCUAUACAGUUAGCUAAGCAUCCCAAUGUGGAAGUUAGUGUGUUUCUUCCUGAGUGCAGUGAAGAGGACAAGAGAAAUGCUGCGAGUCACAAAAUUCAGCUUGUUGAAGCAGGUGAACUGCCCGGCUACGAACCACUCUUUUCAUUGUCAUCUUUACCCAGAGAUCAUGAUGUAGACUGUGUUAUAGGACAUGGAGUGCAUCUUGGCAAACAAAUUCCACUCAUAAAGAGGAAUACAGACUGUAGAUGGAUUCAAGUUGUUCACAGUGUUCAUGAAGAAGUGGGAAUGUUCAAGAACAUUACAGAAGGCCAACGUCUCCAGCAAACAGAAGUAAAACUCUGUAAGAUGGCUGAUGAGGUUGUAGCAAUAGGACCCAAAGUGGCAGAGGCCUACAAACGCUUCCUUUGUUCUGCUAAAGAAGAGAAAACCAUUUUAGAUCUCACCCCAGGUGUUUUCUCUGAAUUUUUGAAUGUGGUACAAGCCACUGAUGAAAGGAGAACAUUCUGUGUGUUAGUGAUCGGAAGUGGUGACAGCUGUGAAGAUUUCAAUGUUAAGGGGUUCAACAUGGCUGCUGAAGCAAUUGCUGAAUUAAAAGAUGCAUCCUACCAACUGAAGUUUCUUUAUUCACAAAGAGAAAAAGCUGAGGAAAUAGCAAACAAAUUGCUUCAGCAUGGUAUCAGUCGUAAUCAGCUAAUUCUUCGCAGCAUUAAUGACAGCAGAGAUAUGCUGGCCAACUUAUUUUGUGAGGUGGAUCUUGCCAUAAUGCCAUCAAGGACAGAGGGUUUUGGACUACCUGGUCUCGAAGCGUUAUCUGCUGGUCUUCCUGUACUUGUCAGUGGUAAUUCAGGACUUGGAGAGGCUCUCAGAGAGGUGCUCCUUGGCUCAUUCUUUGUGAUAGACUCUGAAGAUCCUAAAGACUGGGCAAGAGAAAUCAAAGCUGUAUGUCAAAAGAGUAGGACAGUACGUCUUCAGGAGUCAAAGCUUCUCCGUGACUGUUAUCAAGAAACUUAUGACUGGGAGAAACCAUGCAAGAUCCUAGUGGAAAAGAUGCAGAACCUUGCAUUUGGUAAAAGCUUUCAUUUAUAAUAGCAAUGUAUUUGAAUUUGAUAACAGUGAAAAUAUGAUGUGAAAUACCCUGUUCUAACAUGCACAGAUAUACCUGUACAUGCUGUAGACAGUAAGUGAUGAUGGCCAAGACUCUUUAUUGGCCAGCUAUUAUUGUAGGAGUGAUCAAGGAAGAUAUCAAAUACAUGUGAUCUCAACAGGGAGACUUAACUCUAGAAUGAACGGUUUGGGCUUGAGGUCUGACGUGGGUUAGGGUGCUCUAAUGAAUAUAUAUAUGUAUAUAUAUGUGUUUAUAUAAAUGGGCACUAGUGUAGUGGGAAGGACCCCACUUGGUUGGGGGGAAUAAUUUUUGGGAAUUUAAAAUUAAUUCCAGUCGGACCAGCAUUUCACCUGGGAGUAAAGUACAGCAUAUCUAGGUGCUUAGUGCUAUGGAAAGCUUAAGAAAGGUUUGCCCCAAAGAACCAUUUUUGAUAUACUUUAUCUUCAUAUAUAGGGAAACAUAGCUAAUUCAAUAUAAUGUGUUGUAUGUUGCACACAUACAUUUGGUUUGCUAGGGUCAUCAGAAAUCAGGUCAAAUACACCAGUCAGGAAUAAGAGGCCAUCGUCCAUAGCUGUUACUGAUCAACCUUCCAAGAGAAUCAGAAAAGAGUUGACUCAUCAUGAUGGAGGUAAUUGUACAAGUUUUGACAUCAUUUCAUACUACAAUUUGUUUUUGAUUUUUAAGAACUGCAUAGCCUAUUAGUAAUUGAUUGUUUUUUAUAUGUUUACCACUUUCAUUAAAGUGCGAGUGGAAUUUUGAAACUGUGUUUGCAUGGGUCAUGGAAAAAAGUAAAAGUGGUGACAGUCAUCAAUAUCUCUCCUCAGAACCCGAAAGUAAUUUAAGUUGAGUGGAUUGUGUGUUCAAAGAGGUCAAAGAAAAUUGACCAAAUUUAGUUAUCUGAUCAGAACAGAACAAGGAAUCUCGGUAAAAUUGUCCCUUUGCAUUAUUUUGAACCACAACCUUGAUUCUAGAUCAUGGAAAACACUAAACAAGUCCUACAAAGGGUAAAGGAAAACACUGAAAGUCACCGAAUCCUUUAUGUUGUUAAAGUGCUAGACUUAUAGGAUAAAUGAGAAUACUUUUAAGUAUUCAGAGUGUGGUAAACUAAAUAUGAUUGAAAAUACACUGUUUUAACAUGCACAGAUGUACCUGUCGUGUGGGAAACAAGAAAUUGCCAAAGUCAUAUUGUGUCUAAUUUCAGCUUUGGAAGGCUCCUCUGGUUGCUGUGUUCAAGAUUUAUCUGUUGAAUAUGGACAAUUUCCUUCGUCUUCUGACAAACUCAGUCAUCAGAGGAAACACACUCAGAGUGAGUUGAAUUGCAAUUAAUUAUCAGUGCUAUCUCGUUGUUGAGAAAUGUCGAAAGAUAUUGUUAGUGAGCUUGCAUUCUAUCUUUUGCUGUCAUCUUCUCUAUGGGGACCUAAGCAAUUUAAAUUUCGUGCAUUUUGCUGUUUAUUUCAUAAUCAUGGCUAGCUUUGUGUAUCUGUUUACCCUUUUCAGGUCGUGAAAACCUCACAUCUGAGGAAGGUCAUCUGUCUCAAGGUGAAUUGCUAGCAAAUAAUUAUAAUAAUUUUUUGUAUUAAUCGCCUCGCUACCAUCCCUGUUGCACACAUCCAUUAUUUCAAUUAAUCAGAAUUGUUGCUAGUUUAAUUAAGUAGGAGUUUCAUGGUGAAACAAGGAAGGUUUUUUACUAACGACCAAUUGGCGACUGUUUGGCAAAAAACACUCUUGAAGACAAUUCUAUCCUAGGAACAUAAGUAAAAGAAUCCUCAAAAGGUAACGUAUGGAAGUAAUGUAAGAAAGAAUUAAUACUUUUUUUCACAGUUAGAGCUCUUUGCUCUUUCAAAGUGAAUAAAAACUAAAGUCUAUUUGUGUGCCCCGAUUUCCUUAGAUUUUACUUCCUCUUCGAUAUCACCCCAUAAUAUGUUUAUUUGUACAAGAUGAGGUUUUAGUUCAUUGUAUAGAAGCAUUUGAGUGAUGGUGUUUUAGCCUCAGUUGCUAAACAUUAAAUUACUUGAGUAACCUGGAGGGAUGAAUGCUUUACUUUCUGUUGAUCGACAUGUGUGUUGUUCAAUCUAAAUGCAUGAAUUACUCGCAUAAACUGUGUAAUCAAAUUUUAUACGCACGUGUUUUGAAAGUGUUCUCCACUGCAGGUUCAGUCUUAAGAAAAGUUACAUGAAAAUGGCGUGGAAGUUUACCAUUUUGUUUCAUCUAUUUCCUGUAGAUCGUGGUCUUCUUAUCUUAACGAGACAUCUCACAAAAGAGUACAACAGACGCGCUCUUUUAAAACCACUCCCUUGGCAGAACACCUUAAGGCUACGUCUGGACGAUGUUUUUACAAGAUUAUCAAUCGUCUCAAGAAGAGUAACUGAUUUCAAGUUGGAAGACAAUGAAGUGAACAUGUUCGAUAUCUUUAACACUCUAAACAAAGGUGAUGAUGCCAUGGUUCUAGUGGAAGGAAGCCCUGGAAUUGGAAAGACGACUUUUUGUGUUAAAAUCUCGCACGACUGGGCGAACAAAAAAAUCCCAAAUGAAACUACUUUCCCAGUUUUUAAACUUCUGCUGUUGCUGAAAUGUCGAGACAUCCGUGGGAAUAUAUGCGAAGCAAUUUUUGAUCAGCUCUUCCCCAAAGAUAUUAAGAAAAAGACCAAGAAAAGGCUGAUAAAUUACAUCGAAGACAUUCAUAAUCAGCCGAGCAUCUUGAUCGUUUUGGAUGGCCUUGAUGAACUUCCCGAAACGGCUGAAAGCCACGUGAACGAGUUAUUAGAUAGACAACGUUGGUCGUUUUGCUAUAUAUUGGCCACCUCUCGCCAAGAAAAAGGAAUUUUUGUGCGACAGAAUAGUAACUUUUCUGUUCUUCUUCAAAUUAAUGGGUUCACGGAAGCAGACGCUUUCCAAUACAUCAGAAAGCACUUUGAUCGUGUUGAUGAACAAAAAGGAGAAUCGCUUAUUCAGGCAAUCAAAGGAAACACCUUCUUACGUGCACUCCCGAGCAAUCCAUUGAAUCUGCUUCUUCUCUGUGUUGUUUUUGAGGAUUAUGAAGGGAAUCUACCAUCUUCUCGAACCGAACUUUAUCACAUUAUUGUUUGUUGCCUUUUGCGAAGGUAUUGUGCCAAAAACAAUGUAAAAGCCGCUGCUGAUGACAAAGCUCUAGAGGAACAAUUUAUAGAUAGUUUACUAGCAUUGGGGCAGUUAGCUUGGAGGGGUCUGCAAAACGACCGGUUUUCGUUUCGAGAAGAAGAGUUGGCUGAAUUUGAAAGAAGAAAGAAACCUUUGGCAGCUCGUAAACUUGGUUUGGUAUUUAAAGAGGCCAGUGCGAAGAAGAUUAACCCUCAGCACGAAUAUCACUUUUUCCACAAGACUUUUCAAGAGUACUUGGCGGCAUUAUAUCUGGCACACAAUCUACUUGAAGAGAAGAUUAAUGUCUUUCGUGAUUUGAAGUUGAGCUUUGAUGACAUCACAAGAAAAUACAACCAAGUGUUUAUCUUUGUGUCUGGCAUACCGGGUGAGGCUACUUGUAAUCUGUUUAGACAGAUUGGCGAGAAUCUUAAGGUCAAAUGCUGGAACUGGCUAAAUUGUACCAAGCAAGAGGCGACUUUCUUCACGGAGUGUUUCAGUGAAAGCAGAGAUGCAGAACAAAUGGCAAUGACUCUUUGUUCCUUUAUCCCGUUUCCACAGUCAGUAAUCAGUCACGUCGGAAAUGAUAUAUUUAAAGGUGUUCUAAGUGUUGCAAAUGCUUGGAAGUGCUUCUCGCAAUUACAACUGCCUGUUCAUCUUACUGUGUAUUUUGAAAGCAUACUGAAUCUUCCCUCUGUUCACAAGUUUCUAACCUCUUACUCUAGGCUAGAAACUAUUUUCUUUUCUGUUUUCAGUAUUUCAGAAGAAAUAACUGGCCUAAUUGUGGGUAACGCACUUCAAGUGAACUCAUCUUUACAUUCCUUUACUCUUCAAACAAAUUGUCGCUUUUCCUCUGAGAAGGCUGUUGCUAUUGGUGACAAUUUAGCCGCAAACAAAACACUACAAAUCGUGACUUUAAAACUACCGGGUGAGUUAGUUGAGGAUUGGGCCACUGUUCUUGAAAAAGGAUUGUCUGGAGAUACAGCGCUGACAUCUGUUGUACUGGAGAUUAGAGGCUCAGUAGGGAAACGUGGUCUGGUGGCUUUGAAAAAUUUGUUACUGAACAGAUCACUUCAAUCUUUUGGCCUCACAAUUUAUGGAAACAUGCACGAUUCACUGGCGGCUUCAGUCGCUGAAGGACUUGCAGCUGAUCUGUACUUAAAAUUCCUCACAUUGACUGUAUAUGGAAGAGUCAGCUGCUCUGCUUUCAUUUCGUUGCAGAAGGGUGUUCUAGGAAAUAUUGGUUUGAGGUCACUGGUAUUAAAAGUUUUCGGAGAACUCCCCGAGAACUGGAUAAACAUUUGUGAAGCUCUCUAUACUGCUAAAACGUCAUCUUUGUCUCUUACAAUUGAGCCGGAUGUUGUCAGCAAAAUAACAAGUUCGCAGGUGGCCUGUCUUGGUCCUGUUCUACUAGAGGAAAAACUUGGCGUGUUGAAACUUCACUCACUUACUGUAAAGAUGUGGGGAGAGUUGAGUGACAUUGGAGCAAGUGAUUUAUGCAAACUCGUGAUGGCGUCAAGAGUUUCCUGUGUUAAUUUGAAUAUCCAUGGAAGAGUAACAGAUGGUGUUGCUACCUGUUUGGUUAAGAACUUUGACAAAGUCAAUUCACUGUCUGCAUUGUGUAUGAACAUUAGGGGAGAGGUGACAAGAGACGGAAAGAGUACUCUUCAAGCCUUAACAUGCAAUCAAAAAUUUUCCUCUACUUUAGAUGUCCGUGACGCGAAGACAGUUGACGAAAUAUGCGAAGAGGUCGAGUUAUCUGUAGACGAUUCUUCGUCAUUAACAUCAGCAUUUACAAACGUCGAGACUAUCUGCUCACGUGUAAGUAAAGUGAGUCUGAACUUUGAUAGCCCCAUUUCCUCAAGUGAGGAGGACUGGGGACGAAGUGUUGGUGACUUUUUGUCGAAAUUCGUGUCACUUACCACGUUACACUUCUUAAUCAACAACCGCGGUGGCAUAAGUAAGGGCCUGGUGGGUGGUCUGUGGAGUGGUUUGGCACAGAACACGACGAUAACCAAGCUAAGUAUUACAUUCAACAACUGCAGUGACAUGAGUGGAGACUGGAUGGGCGGACUGGGAAGUGGUAUCACACAAAACACGUCAAUAACCACUCUGAGUAUUACAGUCAACAACUACAGUGGCAUGAGUGGAGACUGGAUGGGCGAACUGGGGAGUGGUUUGGCACAAAAUACGUCGAUAACCACGCUGAGUAUUACAUUCGACGACAUCAGUCACACGAGUGAAGACUGGGUGGGCGUACUGGCAGAUGGUUUGGCACAGAACACGUCGAUAACCACGCUAAGUAUGACAGUCAACAACUACAGUUACAUGACUGAAGAGUGGAAGUGCGAACUGGGCAGUGGUUUGGCACAAAAUAGGUCGAUAACCACGCUAAGUAUUACAGUCAACAACUACAGUGACAUUAAUGAAGAACUGAGAGGCGAUCUGGGAAAAGGUAUGGGACAAAACACGUCGAUAACCACGCUGUUUAUCACAUUCAACAACUACAGUUACAUGACUGAAGACUGGGUGGACGAACUGGGAAGUGGUUUGACACAAAACACUUCGAUAACCAUGCUGAGUAUUACAUUCAACAACUACAGUUAUAUGAGUGAAGACUCGAUGGGUAAACUAGAUAGAGGUUUGGCACGAAACACGUCGAUAACCACGUUGAGUAUAACAUUCAACAACUACUGUGACAUGAGUGGAAACUGGAUAGGCGAACUAGGAAGUGGUUUGAAACAAAACACGUCGAUAACCACGCUGAGUAUUACAAUCAACAACUAUAGUUACAUUAGUGAAUACUGGAUGGGUGGUCUGUGGAGGGGUUUGGCACAAAACACGUCAAUAACCACGCUGAGUAUUACACUCGACAACUACAGUAACAUGAGUGGAGACUGGAUGGGCGAACUGGGAAGUGGUUUGGCACUAAGCACGUCGAUAACCACGCUGAGUAUUACAGUCAACAACCACAGUGACAAGCGUGUAGACUGGAUACGUGAUCUGGGGAGUGUUGUAGCACAGAACACGUCACUUGCCAUAUUAAACCUUACACUAAACAGCUACAAUAAUUCAUACGAAGAGUGGAUAAACAAAUUGUGUCAAGCUUUGUCAAGGAACACAUCGUCAAUCAAAACUUUUCUUGAAGUUAACGUGUUCAGUGAGAGCAAUGGAAAACCUUAA